GUUGUAGAUGUGCUAUGUGAACUUUCAAGACGAGAAAAGGAGCAGGGGAUCAAACCAGACGCUGAUAUUGAUCUCUUCACCAAGGCUGCAGCUAUGGAGGGACAGAAGUCCAAUAUGCUAACAGACUAUGUUUUGAAGAUUUUAGGGUUAGAGAUAUGUGGGGAUACGUUGGUUGGAGACGAUAUGACAAGAGGGAUAUCUGGAGGUCAAAAGAAAAGAGUGACAACUGGGGAGAUACUCGUUGGACCUGCAAAGGCAUUUUUUAUGGACGAGAUCUCAACUGGUCUAGACAGCUCUACAACAUUUCAGAUUGUGCAAUGCUUGAAACAAAGUGUUCACGUGUACAAUUCAACAAUGGUGGUUUCGCUCCUGCAACCUGCUCCUGAAACUUAUGAUCUCUUCGACGAUAUCAUCUUACUUUCAGAGGAGCGAAUUCUAUACCAGGGCCCCCGAGAGUCAGUCGUACAAUUCUUCGAGUCUAUGGGUUUUGCUUGCCCUGAAAGAAAAGGUGUUGCAGAUUUCCUACAAGAGGUGACAUCUAGAAAAGAUCAAGAGCAGUAUUGGGUUAGAAAAGGCGAAGUAUACCACUACGUCAGUGUGAAGGAGUUUGCAGAUGCAUUUCAAUCCUUUAAAGUUGGUGAAGAGCUAUACUCGCAACUAGCCAUUCCAUAUGAUAAAAGUAAAAGCCAUCCCGGAGCUCUUACAACUGAAGAGUAUGGUUUGGGCAAAAAGGAGCUUUUUAAGGCCUGUAUUGACAGAGAGAUUUUGCUGAUGAAGAGAAGCUCCUUCAUUUACAUAUUUAAGCUAUUCCAAAUUACAAGCACUGCCUUGAUUACGCUCACGGUUUUCUUCCGCACAGAAAUGCAUGAUAGAAAUGUAGCCGACGGGUCAAUUUACUUCGGUGCUCUGUUUUUUGCAUUGCUUAACAUAAUGUUCAAUGGCUUUGUAGAGCUGGCUAUGACCAUGGCUCGGCUUCCUGUGUUCUACAAGCAGAGAGAUUCCAAGCUGUAUCCUGCCUGGGCUUAUUCACUUCCUACAUGGGUUAUGAGAGUCCCUCUGUCAAUCAUGGAGUCUUCCAUCUGGGUCAUUCUCACCUACUAUACCAUUGGCUUUGCCCCAAAUCCAAACAGGUUUUUUCGACAGUUUUUACUUUUACUCAUCCUCCACCAAAUGUCUCUGUCGCUUUUUCGUUUCAUUGCUGCAGUUGGACGAAGUCCGCUUGUGGCAAACACAUUUGGAACAUUUUCACUUCUGAUUGUAUUAGUUCUUGGCGGAUUCGUUGUAUCCAGAGAUGAUAUUAAGCCCUGGUGGAUAUGGGGUUAUUGGACAUCUCCUCUCAUGUAUGCUCAAAAUGCUAUUGCAGUGAAUGAAUUUCUAUCAAGCCGUUGGCAAAAGCCAGGAAACCACAUUGGUACAGUAUUAUUGAAAUCUCGUGGAUUAUUUGCUGAAAGCUACUGGUAUUGGAUGACCCUUGGAGUACUGGCAGGAUAUUCUAUUAUUUUUAAUUUGCUCUACACCCUGGCACUGGCAUAUUUAGACCCUUUUGGGAGACCUCAAGCAUCGAUUCCGGAAGAAAACCAUGCAGAUAGAAUGGGGGAAAGUACACAGACUUCAGAAGAAACUUCCUCAGUUGGAAUUGUAGUAAAAAAGGGAAUGGUACUGCCUUUCCAACCUCUGACAAUGGCAUUUGAUAAUGUCAAUUACUUCGUGGACAUGCCAGUAGAAAUGAAGCAGCAGGGAGUUACAGAGGAUAGACUCCAGCUACUGCGUGAAGUGAGUGGGUCCUUUCGGCCUGGUGUGCUCACUUGUUUGAUGGGGGUGAGUGGGGCUGGGAAGACUACAUUAAUGGAUGUUCUUUCCGGAAGGAAAACAAGGGGAUACAUUGAAGGAUCCAUCACUAUCUCCGGCUAUCCAAAACAACAAGAGACUUUUGCUCGCAUUUCUGGUUACUGUGAGCAGAAUGAUAUCCAUUCCCCCAAUGUUACAGUUUACGAGUCCCUGGUUUAUUCUGCUUGGCUUCGCCUUCCAAAGGAGGUCGAUCCUCAAACAAGAAAGAUGUUUGUAGAUGAAGUGAUGGAGCUGGUUGAGUUAAACAAUCUGAGAGAAUCACUUGUUGGGCUCCCUGGAGUGAACGGUCUUUCCACAGAGCAACGCAAGAGACUAACAAUUGCAGUUGAAUUGGUGGCAAAUCCUUCCAUCAUUUUCAUGGACGAGCCAACAUCAGGUUUGGAUGCGAGAGCCGCUGCCAUUGUUAUGAGAACUGUGCGAAACACUGUGGAUACAGGAAGAACUGUUGUCUGCACCAUUCACCAACCUAGCAUUGAUAUUUUUGAAGCCUUUGAUGAGCUUGUGUUGAUGAAGCGUGGAGGGCAGAUGAUAUAUGUGGGACCUCUUGGUCGCCACUCUCAGUCUCUCAUUGACUACUUCCAGUCAACAAAUGGAGUUCCCCACAUCACACCAGGAUACAACCCUGCAACGUGGAUGCUUGAGGCAACCUCUGAAGAUGCAGAAAUGCGUUUGGGAAUAGAUUUUGCAGAAAUUUAUCGAUCUUCGUCCCUCUACCAACAAAACCAAGCUGUUAUAAAGGAAAUUAGCACACCUGCUCCAGGCUCCCAAGAUUUAUAUUACGAGUCACAAUUUUCGCAGUCUUUUCCUACUCAAGUAGUAGCAUGUCUAUGGAAGCAACAUUUGUCAUACUGGAGAAAUCCGCAAUAUAACGUUGUUAGAUUCUUCUUCACUCUGAUCAGUGCUUUGUUGUUUGGCACUAUCUUCUGGAAAAUGGGGAGUAAGAUAGAAAAGCAACAAGAUGUGUUCAAUGCAAUGGGAUCAAUGUUUGCUGCAACUUUGUUCAUUGGAUCAAACAAUGCAACUUCUAUUCAACCUGUGGUCGAAGUUGAAAGAACUGUUUUCUAUCGAGAAAAAGCAGCAGGAAUGUACUCACCUCUUCCUUAUGCUUUCGCUCAAAUAUUGAUUGAGAUCCCUUACGUAUUUCUCCAGUCAGUGAUCUAUGGUUUAAUAGUGUAUGGAAUGAUCGAUUUCGAUUGGGUCACCACCAAAUUCUUUUGGUUCUUCUUUUUCAUGUUUUUCACCUUCUUGUACCACACAUAUUAUGGGAUGAUGACAGUAGCUCUCACUCCAAAUGCCACCAUUGCUGCAAUUGUCUCCUCAGGCUUCUAUGGAAUUUGGAUGCUUUUCUCUGGGUUUUUUAUUCCACGCCUCAAAAUCCCAGUGUGGUGGAGAUGGUACUAUUGGGCAUGCCCCUAUGCGUGGACUAUGUAUGGACUGAUCACAUCUCAAUAUGGUGACGUCACCAUUCUCAUGACCAAAGCUGGAAGCAAUGAACAACAACCAUUAGGCCUUUUCUUAGAGAGCUACUUUGGAUUUAAGCAUGACUUCCUGGGUCCUACAGCAAUUGUCAUUGUGGGUUUUGUACUUCUCUUUGCCUUUGUCUUCACUUGGGCCAUCCGAAAUAUAAAUUUUCAAUCUAGAUGACCACCCAUGAGCCAUCUGAAUCCCAUUCCCUAUGCCAAUAUUAUAUUGAAACAAAAAAUAUCAUACUUAUUUGUAUUUUGUCAUUCCAUUCCAUUUGAACACUACCAUAAUAGAGUUUCCUUAGGAAAAAAGGAAAUUUUAUUGAAAGAUACAUGUUUAUUGCUUACCAAAAGAAAGAGAAAAUGGA